CUCUCUCUCUCUCUCUCUCUCUCUCUCUCUCUCAUCCUAUUCAAAGCUCAAUGAUUGAGACCAUGCAAGGCAGUUGAUGGCUGGGAAGACCACAUAGGCCCUCUGUUCCUGGCGUUGCAGUCCUGUGCAAGACCUGCCUCGUCUUCGGCUCUCGAGAUUUCUGCUUGGUUUUACCUCUCGGUUCAUCACCUACCACCUUGUCCACUUGUUUUGUUAACCUCUUUUGAGAUCCUACUGUUGCUCGAUUCCAUGGAACUCACACGGCUGUGAUCUCUCUUUUGAGUUCGUGGAGGUGGUAGUCUCUGUGUCUUCUUCUUCCUUUGCCUGUGCUUGCUCUUCCUGUUCUCUGGGAAUCGAACACUUUGCGUCGCCUUGCUCUUCUCGUCUUACCAGGAAAAGCUACUUCGUGGAUCGAGCUGGAAGCAGAGAGAAGAGAGAAGCACGCCUGCUUCGAUGGAAUGGGAUUACAAGAUGCCUCCGUGGGAUUUGGCAGAGCUGGAGCAGAGUGCGGAGCCCAGCAUGGGCGCAGUGGUCGGGCCAAGUUGCAACCUCCGAAGCCAAGCUGAGGGAGCGGACUGCUCCGUCGAUCUGAAGCUCGGGGGCUCACCGGAGAAAUGGAAGAGCCAAUCCAAGACGACGACGGCGGUGUCGUCCUCCAGCCCAUCGAAGAGGGCUCGAGCACCGGGCGCCGGGAGCCAGAACGCGGCGUGCUCGGUCGACGGCUGCAACUCUGAUCUCAGCAACUGCAGGGAGUAUCACAGGCGCCACAAAGUCUGCGAAAUCCACUCCAAGACUCCGAUCGUCAUGGUGGGCGGCGUGGAGCAGCGCUUCUGUCAGCAGUGCAGCAGGUUUCACUUGCUGAUAGAGUUCGAUGAGGUAAAACGAAGCUGCAGGAAACGUCUCGAUGGCCACAACAGGCGCAGAAGGAAACCUCAACCAGAAUCAGCUACUUCUGCUAACCUGUUUCCGAUUCAACAAGGGACCAGGUUCUCAACCUGUGCAUAUAUAUCCCAAGCUCCUCUAACAGAGCCCAACUGGUCUGCCAUUGUUAAAGCUGAGAAAGAUGCACUGUACACCCAUCACACCCCGCUGCAUCUCAUCGACAGCCAACACCACUUUCCUGGAUCCUUUUCUUGCAGCUAUAAAGAAAGGAAGCAGUUCCCUUUCUUACAAGAUGGCAAAGCGGCAUUCAGCAGAACAGCCGUCGAAGCAUCAAUAUGUCAGCCACUCCUCAACACCGUUCCUUCAGUAGAAAGUAGUAGCAGCAGCAGCAGCAGCAAGCUUUUCUCUGAUGGAUUAACCCAAGCUAUCAACUCCGAGUGUGCUCUCUCUCUUCUGUCAUCACCAACUCAAACUUCGAGCAUUAGUGUUGACCACAUGUUGCCUACUAAUAGGAUUCCAGUGGGUCAGCCACUUGUUCCGAGUCUUCAGUACAGCAGUCUCAAUCCCUACUCUGGUUCUCCAGCUUCAGGCAGUGUCUUGCCAACGGAGUUCUCUUGUUCAGGGGCUGAGGAUGAGCAAGCAGGUGGAGUUCUGGUUUCUGAUACUGAUCUCCAUUGCCAGGGAAUGUUUCAGAUAGGUGGCGAGGGUGCCAACGAUGGAGCCUCCCCAUCUCUACACUUUUCUUGGCAGUAGUAGUAGUAGUCCUGUAAAUGGUAUCAGUUCCUCGAGGGUUUGUACCGACUAAAACUCUUGUUUUGCUUUGUCCAAACAUUGAUGUUCUUGCUCACUUCUGACUUUGAUGCUGAGGAGCUUUCUCAACAUCUUUCCUGAUGAAAGCAAAUGGCAGUGAUGUUUCUUGUUUUCA